AUGCAGCGCAUUUUUUCUAUCAAGCUCAUUCAACCUGAUAUAAAGAUUUGGAUUGCUGUGGGUGGAUGGGCGUUUAACGAUCCUGGACCCACGGCAUCAAUCUUCAGCGACCUCGCUGCGAGCGAGAGUAAGCAAGAAGUAUUUUUUGACUCCGUAGUCAAAUUCAUGAACACUUUCGGAUUUGACGGUAUUGAUAUUGACUGGGAGUAUCCUGUUGACCAAGAUCGCGGCGGCCGUCCUGAUGAUUUCAAAAACUUUGUCUCUUUUAUAAAGAACUUGAAAAAGAGAAUGAGCGCCGAUGGACAAACGAGAGGAGUCUCCUUAACUUUACCAUCGAGUUACUGGUAUCUUAAGCAUUUCGAUAUUGUCAGCCUAGAGAAACAUGUAGACUGGUUCAAUCUCAUGUCUUACGAUAUCCAUGGCCCCUGGGAUAUCGGUAAAAAAUGGACGGGAUCUUUUCUUAACUCUCACACCAAUAUGACUGAGAUACAAGAUGCCUUGGAUCUCUUAUGGCGAAACUAUAUCCACCCCGAUAAGGUGGUCUUAGGGGUGGCUUUCUAUUCUCGCAGCUUCACCAUGGAAAGUCCAGGCUGCACUGAGCCAAAGUGUGGUGCUUUAUCUGAUGGAAUCGCUGGAAAAUGCUCCCGCACUACCGGAGUUUUGCUCAAUCCAGAAAUCCAAGACAUUAUCAAAGCGAAAGGUCUUACACCAAAACUCCAUCGCAAAGAAGCCGUCAAAUCUGUUAGCUGGGAUAAUCAGUGGGUAUCAUUCGAUGAUGAGGUAACUUGGAGGAUGAAACUAAACACGGCAAGAGCUCAAUGCAUCAGCAAUGUUAUGGUUUGGGCUAUUAGCCAGGACGACGAUAAGGACACACAUGCCAAUGCACUUAUUAAGGCCUCAGGACGUGAAAUAAGGGCCUGGCCGGAUUUCAGCGCUCAACUCUCUACAGAAUCGCCCUCCAAAGCUACCGUGGUGAGGCUUUGCAGUCCGUAUUCUGCUGUCCCGGAGAUUUGGACAUCCCCAAGUGUCGUUGGCGGGGACAUAGAAACUCAGGAGCUUGCCAGCCUGGUUGUGAAAAGGGAGAAGUGGAAGUCGGCACCUUGGCUGAGGGCUGCUCAACGAAACACCAAAGUGCAUGUUGCGUCGAAGGCACUGCCGUUGCGCCCUUUAAUGAUUGCAAAUGGCAUGGCUCGGCCCCAAUUUGCGCGAGAUCAGGGCAACAUGCUGAUUGUAGCAAAGAAUUUCCCCAUUUCAUUGUCGCUGCAAGUGCUGGCGCUGGCGGGGAGCAGACUUGCAGCCAGGAAGGCCACUGACCACACUGGGAGCUCGACCAUCUGCGAACCAUCUUGCCCUGAGGGCCAUAUUCGACUAGCCAUACAUGUGGGCGAUUGUAAGAUUGGGAAGCAGGCAUACUGCUGCAAAGGCAAACCUCCUCCAAGAUUGGAGCAUCGAGGCAUUAGUGAUAUUAUUUUUGCCGAAGGCGAAAUCAAGGAAUUUCGGUCAUUGUUAAAGGAUUAUGUGAAAAAUCCUACCUGUCCGGCCAAGAUGCACCCUCAAUUGCAUGAUCUCCCAAAGAUGCUCCCGUUCAGACUCAUUUGGACUAGCGAGUUUGUUAUCCACUUCGACGACGUGCUUGAGACUUUGAGCUUGAUCCUGCUUUUACGGAGUCGAUAUCUUGACAGCCGUAGCUUGGCCAAACGUGUCCUAUAUGAUCCCCAAAAUACGGCUGCUGGAAUAAAGCGAGAUAGGCGCAUAGCAGAGAUAAUAUGUGAAAGGACGACCCGUGGCACAAGUUCAAGUAAAAAAGCCGAACCGGCUCUUGAGGCCCGCAGCAUAACAUUAUGGGGUCGCAUUCCUGGUGUCCCUUACAUUACUGAUGUCCUAAGGGCGAUCAACGAUGGGGUCUUGCCACUGCAUUAUGCCCGGUGGGUAUGGUCCCAUGGUACAAGCUCGAAUUCUCCUCCAGGCCCGUUUCUUGAACUCGCGUAUUGGAUUGGCAGGACUCCCGGAGUACCUGAUCCAAAUACAGAGCUGAAUAUAUAUCGAGACACGGAAGCAGCGGUUGGUGAUAGAUGGGUUGUUUUCCACCUGCAUAUAGACCCAGUAUCCGAAGUAUUACGGAAUGUAGGUGGCCGUACUUAUAUUGGUACCCCCCAUAUCACUGUGUUUCAUGCCCAACAUUACCGUGGGAAUGGCCCAGGCUGGCGAGUGGACGGUCGGCGGAUGGGAUACGAGAAUACUAGAGAUGGAUUUAAUUGCCCACAAGAGGGAGUCGACAGUGCAGUGUGGUAUAUUGGAGUGACCCAUGACACCACAGGCCUUACGGGGGCCGAUGAAGACUUUUACAGAGAACUGUAUAUCUGGGGCAUCGGCCUUUUUUACGAUGGUUAUGCCGGCAGUUUAGGCGUAUCUGCCAUUAUGCAGGGUGGAAACACAUUGGCCAACGGAGACAUCGACCCGGACAACUAUGGCUCUAUUAUCCCAGAAGAUGGGAGGUCCGCAGUUUUCGAUAACCACAAUCCUUACGAUAUUAACUUCCUUAUACAGGAUGAUGAGUUCGUCGUGGAAUACCCACCACCAUCGCACGAUGAACUAUGA